AUGUCGUCCCGCCCCAACCACGAUAUCUGCGAUUUGCCGACCGAGUUGAUCUUCGCAAUAGCCAGCUACAUCUCCUUCAAAGACGACUCCCGGCUCUUACCUUCAAAGCCCGUAUCCCACGUCGACGCCAAGACGGAGCGAACCCGUGUCGACGGUUCUCCCACCAGGAACGCCGUGGUGCGGUGGGCGUCCGAGCACGGGCUCGUCCGCACCCUGCAGGAAGUCGACGACGUCGAGAGCCUGGAGCAGUUCAUCAACUGCCCAACCGUCAACAUCGCUGUCUGGCCACGGCCCGUCGUCGAGUAUCUGCUGCAGAAGGGCGCCGCGGUCAACGCGACCGUGGCUGGCAGACUCCUUCCCAUCCACUUUGCUACGAACGGCGACGUCAUGCGCAGACUCACUGCUGCGGGGAGCCGGUUUGAUGCCCCCGGCGGGAUCACGCCGCUCAUCCACUGCUUAUGUCACCAUGCCGAAUCGAGCGCAGUCAAGGCCUUCCUUGAACUAGGAGCUGAUCCUAGCCAUGUUGCGCACGAUGGUUCGGUUCCGGGCGAGAGGGCAGUCGUCACGGGAAACGUCGAUGCUCUCGAGGUCCUCCUCGAAGCCGUUGCUGAUGUCACUCGACCCCUUCCCAAGGGCGGAUUCUUGAUAUACAAAGCCAUAUGGCGUGUUGCCGUUGACUAUGGCGUGGCCAUGGCCGUCAAGGUGGUCAGAAUGUUGUUGGAUCACGGCGCACCCCCAAACGCUGGUUGCGUCUCAGCGUCGGUCCGCAAAGGGCGGGCACGCUUCACGCCGAAUUUGUUCCUGGCUGUGAUGAUGCCGGGCUCAGCCGACCUGGUCCAGCUCCUCCUGGAAAGGGGUGCAGACCAGCACAAGGCCUACUCCAGAGGCAGAGAGCGCGACUACACGGACGCCAGGAUGCUGCCAGGCUUCGACGGGGUCUAUUCGAAAACGCUGGUUGUCAACUUUGUCACCGCAGUGCUUACGUCGCCUUAUGCCGAAGACGUAGGGCCGGAUACCAUCCGAAAGCUAGAGCUACUGAUCCAGCACGGCGGAACAUCGACGCGCAGACCGACGACGGCCUUACCCUGCUGCAGCACUGUCUACGUCUGA